AUGCUGCUCUCAGCCUCUGUCGCGGCUGCGCUAGCCGCUUCAGCUUCGGCGCAGCUCAUCUGGAACGCAAGAAGCAAUGCGCCGACAAGUCCACAUGCAAUCACAGUUGAUGACCAUACCAGCCAUCAUGACACGCACCAGCGGCCAAUGGGCACUGGCGACCACCAAACGGCCCAUGGCUCGGCGCCGUUCAAGACGGGCCAGUAUACCCUCAAGGCACAGGACAACAAGACGUGUCCCACGCACGGAGAGUCUCAGUGGACCGGCACAGUCGAUGUUAGCGAUGCGCAUCGCCUGUUCUUCUGGUUCUUCGAGAGCCGCAACGACCCUGCCAACGACCCCAUCAUCGUCUGGAUGAACGGUGGUCCCGGCGGGUCGUCCAUGGUUGGCCUCUUCAACGAAUUGGGCCCCUGCAUCUUCGACUUGGACUCGGCUGAGCCGAGCGUCAAUCCGUGGGCGUGGAACAACAACGCGUCGCUGCUGUUUCUCGAUCAGCCGGCCGGCGUGGGCUUUGCGUCCUUGGCUGAGGGGGCGCCCAUGCCUGCAGCCGACUUGGACGGCGCGGAGAGCUUCCAGUCGUUCCUCAACAUUUUUUUCGGCGAGAUAUUCCCAGAGAAGGCGGGCUUGCCCAUCCACCUGGCGGCCGAGUCGUACGGGGGACACUACGGACCGGUUUAUCUGAAGCACAUCCUCGACUCGCGCGCAUAUGACUCCAAGUCGGCAUUCCGGGGCAACAUUACGUCUCUCAUCCUCGUCGAUGCUCUACUUGACUGGACAGGCAACGCCGUCGGCACGUAUGAGCUCUUGUGCUCCGACUUUCGCGGCCGGGACAUCAUUAACGCAACGGCGUGCGACAAUAUUCGCCAUGCGAUCCCCGAGGUGGAGCGAUUGGGCAUGUCGUGCGAUCUGAGUCAGGACGGGCACGAGUGCGUCGCCUUGGACGAGCAGUACAUGGGGCAGAUCGACGUAUACUACCGCGAGCUCAUCAACUCCGGAAAGCGCAGUCCGUUUAACAUCCAUCAAGAAUGCCCGAACCUGCCGCUCUGCUACCCCGGCAAGGGCGACUUCACGCGGUACCUCAACCAGGAGCACGUCAAGGCGGCGCUCGGCUUCCCCUCGUCCUUCGUGUACAGCGGCAUCAACCUGGCGCUCAAUGACGCGUACGUGCGCGGCCACGACCCGCUCAAGCCGACUACGCGCGAGCUCGCGGCCGUGCUGGACGCGUACGAGCAGCCCGGCCUGGGGAGCGACAUCCGCGUGCUGGUGCUCAACGGCAACGAGGACUACAUCGUCAACACGCCGGGGCAAAAGUUCAUCUACGACUACCUCGUGCGCUGGAGCGGGCAGGCCGACUAUCGGCUCGCGCGCUGGAGGGAGCUUCCGCGGGAGCUGGCGGCCGAGGGGUUCUGGAAGGGAACUGACGAUGGAAGUCGCAAGGUCGCCUGCGACCACACCCAGCCCGUGUGCAACCGCUGCCGCGCCACCGGUCGCGAGGGCGAAUGCACCUACACCAUCUCCAGCUCGAGGCCAGUCCGAGCUUGGGCCGUCGGCUCGGCACGACCCGUCGCAGGCGAACGCCCUCGCCAGAGCCUGAGCCAGAGCCUCAGCCAGGGUUCACCAAGCACAGGCGCGGCAGAGGCAAGGCCUGCAGCACAGCCGCGCGCCUCGCUCCUCCCGACCGCUGGUUUCCCGGAUGGGCCCCCUUCGGAUGUGGUGACGCCCUCGCCCAGCUCCGAGGAUCAGGCAUCCGGUCCGCCUUCGGCGCGGCCAGGGCCCGGCUUCUUCGGCAUCCUGAGCCACUCGGCCGUGUACGAGGAAACAAAGAACACCCUGUCGCUACUGCAAGGUUUCCGGCCGUGCCUCCCCGGCCACGGCGACGCCGCGCAAGCUCAGUUUCGUGAUCCGUCCCAGGUGCUAUCAUCGCCAGUGCGGGAGAUGUGCAUGGUCGUCUUGCGAAGCAUUCCUUGCCCUCCCCAGGGCCACAUCUCCCUGCGCAUGUCGCCGCACCCGUACGAUGGCUGGGCGCGCGUGGCCGCUCAGCGCGUGCUUGCAGGUCUUUACGAGCGCUUCGGGUCGCACCUCGGCACCAACCGAACGAAUGCCCAGCUCGAGGAGAUGGCCCUGUUCCUGAGCAGAAACACUGCGAGGCCGUUCAACGACAAUGAGCCGGACCCGGACCGAUGGAUGGGCCAAUUCUCCGGCCAAAACCUGCGAUGGGAGUCUUUGGGCCUGCUGUUCACAUUCAGAGAACUGGGUGGCGAGCCCCUAAGCGACGCGGACCACGACAUUGAUCAGUUUACCUGUGGGCUGACCAAGCACUGGCCUGAAGUUGCCCAGGUAUGCCUCGGGCUCUGCGUCGACCUCACGCGGAGGUUUUCGGACGGGAAUAGUCUGCUUUUGCAGCUGUGCAUCAGGAGGACUGUGGCCGAAUCGAUAUUGUCCGGCGACGCAAGCGCCUCUACUUGGAGAUGUCUCGCAGAAUCCGUCUCCCUCAUGACUUUCUUGGGUCUUCAUGACGAGACAGAGAGCCCCGACUAUCGUCCGACGCUGAGUUCAGAAUCGAGGCGACGGAUUGCCGCCCACGUCUUCAUCAUGGACAAAGUUGUCGUCUUGUUCACCGGUCGGCCGCCCCUAAUUGGCCAUCGUUAUGCGUCCACACCGCUGCCGCUAGAUCUCCCAGACCAAGUUCUUCUCGCCGGCGACGAGGCCAUAGCCAGAGCCUCGGAGUCUCUGGACGAGAGGGGCUGGAACACAGAAGGUGGUCUGUACUCAUCGACCAGCCUCCGAUCUCGUUUGAUGAUUGCUUUGAUCCGUGACGAGCUCAUUGAGAUUGCUCUGGGGCGGUGGAAGCAGACGCCCUUUGAGAAGCUGCAGGCCAUCAAAGAGCGGCAAUUACAGACAAUGGCAGAGUUCCCGCUUUCCCUCAUCUACCAGCCUGGGGAGCUCGACUCUCGCUCAUCAAGCCCCGGAAGGGUAUACGCCAAGCUUCUGAUACAACUCGAGCAUUUGCAGAACCUCUUUGUGGCGGAUCGGUUGCUGCUGAGGAGAGGAGAUCUCGAUCAGGGUGACUUGCUAUUGACAAGCUUCGAGAUGGUCUCGUUGACGCUGCUGUUUUGGACGAACAAGGACAGGUUCGCCCUGGCACGGCCGGACUUCGCCUGGCUAGUCAUGGCCUAUGCCACGCCCGCAGGCGGCAUCCUGUGCAUGGAGCUGCUCAACCCGUCCUUCACCGGCGCGCACCCGCGCAACGCCAAGAUCACGCGCUCGAGCAUCAUCCAGAACCUGAGCUUGCUCAUCGGCUUCCUGGACUGGAUCGGCACGGGCGCCGCCAACGGGAACCUGUGCGCCAACUGCAGCGCCGUGAUCCAGCAUGUGCUCGACCACACGCUCAAUACAACGGGAUCCAGCAGCUGGCCACCCGAGGCCUUGGACGCGAUGCAGCUCGACUUUAACUUUGAGCUGUUUGACACGUUUGAGUGGCUGCGCACGGAUUUGUCGAAUGAGUAG